AUGUCCUCUUUCUGGGAUGGCCGGGUCAAAGCACGUGCAUCCACAGGGGACGCCUGGUACGCCUGGCUCGUGAUUUUGAACUGCGUUACCGAUUUCAUCUUGCUGGUCCUGCCGCUUUGGCUUUUGGCACCGUUGAGGAUUGGCUUCUCGCAGAAGGCUGCCAUUGCCGCGAUAUUGGUACUGGCGGAUUUGUUGUUGGGGAUAAGCAUAUUUCGCGUUGUAGUGGUGUCACAGGGGUGGGAUAAGUACGACUUUACCUAUCGAUUCGCCAUCAACUACAUAUGGAGGUAG